AUGGCAACGCCAGAGGAAUCUUUUGACGGGCUGCCACUGAACCCUACUUUUGACCGCGCGUCUUUUGCACAACGUUGGCGGAUUCCACGAUAUGGCAGGUGUUCGCCUUUUUGUGGCUGUGUCAAGAUUGCUGAGGAUUCUUGGGCAAGAUUUAAUCCUCAGGUGAACAUCUUGGCUCUGGCUUGGCUUCUUGUAAUCCGCAAUGCCAUGGCCUCAAAAAAAUCAGGCAGGACGGUGCCUGUUACCUGCCCAGCACACAGCCACGGAGCACAGCCAACCUUGACAGCGCUCAUUUCAGGAGGCAACAAAAUGGUUAGAGGAAGUAUGUUUCAAUUGUGUUGCGAGAUCCAUACGUCUGUUUGGCCGCGCUACGAAAGAUCAACGGCGGAAGGGGCCAAUCUGCUCGCCUGUGUUUAUGCGUCGCCACCACCAAUGUGA